UGUGAAGCGUCGUAAGGUCCAAUGUUGCAAUCUCCACCAACCAAACAGCACCCAACGUACCCACGGUUUGUUUGGCACUCUACUCUUCAUUGCAUCGCCCCCAUCAUUGACGGAUGCUCUACUUUCUGCUGCGACUUGCAACACACCUGCCUCGGUUGUGUCGGCUAGCCCUUGCAUUUGUUUCCACCGCCCUAGCCUCGUUUGAAUCCAGUGGCCAACUUUCGUUCGUCCACGAAGGCCUCCCUCGAUGGCCUAACCUGUGGACCCCCACGGGAUGCCUCCGGUUCUUGGAUUGGUUUGGCACAGUCGUGUUUGCCAUGAGCGGGUCGCUCGCAGGGGCCUCGUCCGGCGCCGACCUGAACGGGUGCAUCCUUAUCGGCACCGUCACCGCGGUCGGCGGUGGAACAUUACGAGAUGCGCUCGUGCUCAACACAUCCCCCAGUUGGGUCGAUGAAUGGGAGUACUUGGUCAUUAGCGCUGUGUCGGCGACGGUCGCUGUAUAUGUCUGGCAUCGGUUACGUCCUGGUUGCCCGCUGUGGCUUGGACUGACGCUCAAAGCAGCCGAUUGUGGCGAAGGAGACCUCAUGCAAUGGGGCGAUGCCAUCGGCGUCGGAGCGUUCGCAGUGAUUGGGGCUAUGAAUGGCAUCCGGGGCAAUCGACCCAUGAUAGUCUCGGCGCUGUGCGGUGUCAUGACUGCAACCUUUGGCGGCAUGGUUCGCGAUAUGCUGCUCCAUCGACCUGUGCGUAUCUUGCAUCCGUAUGCAGAUACCUAUGCGCCCAUUGCACUCGUGGGCGCCGUGUCCUACCUUGGAAUGCAGGCCGUGGUGCCGCUCCAGCAGUUCCAAGGCUGCCGCAUCCUCAUCAGCGUCACCUUGACGGUGUUCCUGCGCCAACAAGCCUGGACCAACGGCUGGCGACUGCCGCACUGGAAUAUCAACCAAGAGGUCGUGCAAAUGAACCAAGAUCCAAGGGUUAUAAAGAUGAUGCAGAAGACCAUGUCGGACGGGAACUUGUCCGAUACAAACACCGACGACACGUUCGCUUCGUCGGAUGAUUUGACAGUGAACGUGUGAGAUUACUGAGUAGGUUUUUUGUAUUUAACGUUCUUGUGGA